AUGGGAGUAAAGUGGGCCUAUGGUGCGAAGCUUGGAGAUAAGCUUCACAAAAGCAUUGACAUGCAUGCUAAGCUCACACCUAAUGUACUCUGGGUGACCAAUGUAUCACACAACAUUUUCAAUACCCUCAAUCUACAUCUCUCACCUGUAGAGAGGGCUGAUGUGGUGAAAGGCCACCUCUCCAGACUGAACUUCCUGCACAAGGCUGAAAUUGUUGAUGAUAUCGAACCACAAGGGCUCUAUGUUGACAUCAACCGCAAGCGACUCGACUGUGUGUCUAGCCUUGCAGGAGCUGCUGUUCACAGUGCCCUUAAGGCAUAUCACGAGGGCAUAUAUGAGAAUGUCAACACAUCCACUGAACAAUUCUACAACAUUUACAGUUCAAUCAUAGCAUUGAUUAAUAGGAUCAGGCUUGAUGAUGUGUUAAAGGAGAGGUACAAAUUUUUGUGCAGAUCAAUCAUCAGGUAUGGAGAGGCAGAUCUUGGGCUCUAG